UGUGGAUUAGUUUGGGAAUUCCGAUCAGCCGCGCGUCUGUGCACUCGGUUAAAGCGCAACGUGGUGUAAAGCCCAGCUAGCCCCAGGCUAACGAGCUGGAGCCUUAGUGCUGCUGGCCUUUUGUUAAUCCUGCUGUCCGUACUGUCGCAGGCUGAAGUGCAGCAUAUCUAACCCCUAACCCGUACCCGUACCCGUACUACUGCACUGGAUCGUGUGGUGUUCCUGGAUCUGCGCCUUUUCGGUGUCGGUGGUUGGUGGUGUCUAGCCAUCAUAAUGCUUUUGCUAUCAAGACAUCAAACUAGAUUCACCGGCCUGGUUGCACAGUAUCACGACUUUAUUAUCCUUCGUGUUGUCUGAUAGCUGCUCUCUUUGCUAUUUAGUUACAUAUCUGGAUGUUUAUCUGCUGUUUAGGUGUUUAGCUGCAUUCAUUCUUAACGUUACUUAGAGCGGGUGGACUCGUCACGUUUACGUGUUUCUAUUUGCCUACAUGACUGUAAAGACGGAUGUUAACUGGGCUUUGCUUUCCCCCAUCACCACUGUUACUGUGAGAUGACAUAACGUGACGCACAGACACGGAGAUGGAGAAGCGGACACACGGACAGCCGUGGGGAAGGCUGGUCAGAGUCGGCGCGUCCCCGGACUCGGAAGGGACGUUACUGCUCGUCAACAGAGAGUGCACCAUCGGGAGAAGGAAAGGCUGUGACUUGUCCUUUCCUGCUAAUAAGCUGGUCUCUGGCGAUCACUGUAAAAUCAGCCAGGACCAGACCUCUGGACAGGUGUGGCUCGAGGACACGAGCACUAAUGGCACAGUCAUAAACAUGUCCAAACUGGUGAAGAAACAGAGCCACUUGCUGCACAGCGGCGAUGUCGUCUACUUUGUGUACCGUAAGAGCGAGCCUGAACAGAAUAUUGCUUACGUGUAUCAGGCACUCAGUCCCAGGCCCACAGACCCCCAGCACACGGCAGACCCCAUGAGGGUGAGGGGCUCCGUGGUCUACAGCCCUGUGGACGUGGAUCCUGCCCCAGUGGUACCUGUUACGCUUACUUCCCCAUCCCAGGAGGGCCAGUCUCAGCCGUCCACGUCUAGCUGCAGACCCCACCUGUACGCCACCUCCAGCAAGCCACGUCCUGCCGCUGUGUCAGGAUAUGUUGAUGUGAAGACAGAGACUUCUGCUGAGCUGAAGGUCCCUGAGGGGCCCUUAACCCUGACGCAGACCCUCCAAGCAUGGGAAGAGAGACAGACGGAGGAGGGCGUGGAACCCGACCGCAAAAGACUGAAGACUAGUGACCCAGGUGACACAAUACCUGUAAUUUCUGCAGGCUUUGUCCACAGUGUGGAGGUGCUACAGGUGUGCAGUGUAAAGUCACCCCCCCCCCUGCUGUUAGCGGGCCAGUCCGUGUUCGCGUCCUCUGUCGAAGAACCUGCUGUGGGCGUGGCCAUGCCAGCAGCCCCUCCCACUACAGUGAAGGACGGUGGGGAAGCAGCAAAAAUGGACAAGAUGGAGGAAUCGCUCACCUGUAUCAUCUGUCAGGACCUGCUGCACGACUGUGUGAGCCUGCAGCCCUGCAUGCACACGUUCUGUGCUGCGUGUUAUUCUGGGUGGAUGGAGCGCUCCUCCCUCUGCCCCACCUGUCGGUGUCCUGUGGAGAGAAUUCGUAAGAACCACAUCCUCAACAACCUGGUGGAGGCCUACCUACUGCAGCACCCAGAGAAGUGUCGCAGCGAGGACGAUGUACGCAGCAUGGACGCUCGGAAUAAGAUCAGCCGGGACAUGAUGCAGCCCAGGGUGGAGCGCUCGUACUCAGAUGAGGAGGGAAGCUCCGACUACCUGUUGGAGCUCUCAGACAACGACAGCGACGCCUCGGAUGUGAGCCAACCCUACAUGACGUGCAGGCAGUGCCCAGGAUACUGCAAGGAUGUGAUCUCCCCCGCUUGGUUGUGUGGCUCCACCCAGGAGGAGGGGUCAGUGAAAGCACCUAGAGAUGGUCCCUCCACCUCGUCUGAUACCUGCACAGCCCCUCAGGAGUACAGGUGUCCCCCCCAGGGCAGCCAUCUUAUCUGUACCUGCUGUCUCCAGCCCAUGCCUGACCGUCGGGCUGAGCACAUUGGUUCCCAGAGCUCCCCCCAGCACUGUAUGGUGUGCCAGAGGCCUUUCUGCCAUCUUUACUGGGGCUGCCAGCGAAUUGGAUGUCAGGGUUGCCUGGCACGUUUUAGUGAUCUGAACCUCACUGCUAAAUGUCUGGAUGGAGUCCUCAACAACAACAACUAUGAGUCUGAAAUCCUUCAGAAUUAUCUGACCUCCAGAGGAGUGACCUGGAAGGAGAUGCUACAGGAAGCUCUGGCAGCCACACAGCAGGGCCUUUACCACCUCUCUGAUUACCGUGUCAGUGCAGACUCUCUCCUGUGUUACUGCUGUGGUCUGCGUUCCUUUAAAGAGCUCGCCUACAAAUACAGAGAAAACAUCCCUGCUAAUGAACUUCCAGCCUGUGUGACCUCCAGACCCGACUGCUACUGGGGACGCAACUGUCGCACACAGGUCAAAGUUCACCACGCCAUGAAAUUCAACCACAUAUGUGAGCAAACCAGGUUCAAGAACUGAAUCUACGUAUUUGUCUCUCUCGGACACGCAGGAGCCACGCCUCUGGGGGGAGGAGCCUGAUCACUCUCUACAAAUGAGGGCUGGCCAUAUGGUGGCUCUGAGUUUAGCGCUUUUCUUCUCUAGGUAGUAAAUUGGUAUUACUGUACGUUACACUUAUGCAAAGUCGAUCAUGUGGGCGUUAAAUCCAGGUGCACAGAUGUCCGUGUGUAUAGAUACUCUUACUGCACUUUUUCUGAAAGUUCAUUCAGGUUGUUUAUUGUGUAAAAUCACUAGUUUAAAGGUUUCAUUUUAAAAUCAAAUUGAAUUGGCAAUCAGAAAGAGACAUCUGUACUGUGAAUGGGGCCCCUCGUCACAUGGGUAGAUGGAGCCCAGCGGUAGCCCACAUGUAAGCCAUACAGCAGAGCUUGUUAAUGUCCUCAUAUCGGCCGACUGCAGCUGGUUCUAGUGGUUCUGGUUGUGGUCCGAAUCUAGUGCUUCCACACUUUAGUCGAACCCAGACAGCGCAGCCGUUGGAGGAGCUCGGCUGUGUUUAGCUGUGUGCCCCACUGGGCAUUUGAAGCCCAAGCACACGGACCUAGUGCCAGUCUGCCCUCUGCAGAAGGCCAAAUGUCAGCGGGGUGUGGUGAUGCUACGCUUUAGCCCCUGGCCUCACACCAGAGGAGCUGCUGCCCUCUACCCCACUGCUCUCCUGGGACACACACACACACACACACAGGCUGUGUCAUGAGCACUUGUGCUCAACUUGUCUCUGUUGUUUAAAUGAUGUUUUCCUCAUUGUAAUCUUGUCCAAUAAGGAUUUUGUGUGUGUGUGUGUGUGUGUGAGAGAGAGAGACAGAGAGAGAUAUGGGGUUGAGCGACGGUCAUUUUGUGAUUCUUUGCGGUGGAUAAUCACCUGAUCUGAUGGACGUAUUCUAACCUGAUCCUGUUUGUUUAAAGUGUUGAACUGAAGCUGUGUUUGUUUCCUGUGUGUAUGUGCGCAGUGUGCCCGUGUUCUCCAGCAUGUACACCCAACAGUGGACCUGUUUGAAUGGUUCUGGAUGUCUGUGUCUGGGCUCCUGGUCUUCCAGGGUACUGCUGGAUUGUUUUUGAUCAGGUUUAUUAGUUUAAGUGAAGUUUCCUACAUCCUGAUGAGAAAUGGUUGUUACUGUGUCAGUAUAAUAUCACCUUGGCAAAGAUGGCACUUCACUAAAUGGGUCCUACCCGAGCGGCAUGCUGGCCUUACCGAAGCUGUUUGAACCCUUUCAGUCUUUCUGUUUACUGCUGAAAAAUGGACCAAGCUCAAAAUAAACCAAUUUAACCAUUCAGUAUUAAAAACUAAUGAGGGCCUGUGUAUCCAGUGGUGAAGUAGAAGUGAGAUUUUUUUUUUUUUUGGUAUUUUUAUGUAUUCCAGCAUCCUUGGUUUUGGGAUUUUUGUGGGGGGGGGGGGGUUGUUUUUGUUUUUUUGCUUUUUGGAAAGAUUGGUUUUGAGCUGCAGUUCCCCAGAAACAGACAGAACCUGCCAGUCCAGCUGCUGAGCGAGUCAGGCUGAGGCUGAGUCCAGCAGCUGAGCGAGUCAGGCUGAGGCUGAGUCCAGCAGCUGAGCGAGUCAGGCUGAGGCUGAGUCCAGCAGCUGGAGUGGCUCUGAUGUGCCUGAGUCUGUGGCUAAUGUGUGACGGCAGCAGUAUCUGUGUGUGUGAUGGCAUUUCAGUUACUGCUGCCACAAGCUGAUGUGACCAUCAGUAAGGCCUUUUAAAUCAUUGUGUGGGUGGGUGCGUGUGGCGGCGUGUGGGGGUGUGUGUGUGUGUGUGGGGGGGUAGUUUCUCACACCACUGCAUUCCUCAGAGGCUAAGAUUAGGGUCUGAUCUCCAAGUCAAACCCUGUGUUGUUGAGCUCACUCUCGCAAGGGGUGUGGGGGUGUGAGGGUAAUUUCUCACACCACUGCAUUCCUCAGAGGCUAAGAUUAGGGUCUGACCUCCAAGUCAAACCCUGUGUUGAGCUCACUCUCGCAAGGGGUGUGUGUGGGUGCGCGCGCGUGUGUGGGUGUGUGUGUGCGUGUGUGGGGGUGGCUCCUGUUCUGGCCCUUUGUAUUAUGAAAAGGGAAAUAUUAAAUGUAUUCCAUAUUUCUACUCCUCUCCUUUCUGGUAAAAAGGGUCUCUGUACUUCUACCUCAGAGGGGACAUCACGUGGAAAACUCUCCUUUCUAUCCUUGUACUUUAUCAGAGUAGGCAGAAUGUAAACAAAGGCAUCUAGACUAGUGCCGUUUAAGCUGAUGUCUGUAGGAAUAAUAGUGCCUCUCUGGACUAAUAAAACACCCCUAAUGUGCUGUAGAAACAAUCUAAAAACAAUGUGUACUGCACUAAUAAAGAGCAUCAUAUAAACAA